ACAAAGCUUCGGUCGUUGAAAAUUCUAACUGUGCUAAACUUGCGGUUGAUUUAACUGCCAAUGACCAUCAUUCUCCAAAAUGCGAGAGAGUGGAUAGUGUAGCAGAUGGUUAUGCUGAGUAUGCCAAUUCGACUGCUAGCAAUUAUUAUUCAUCAAGGCAUGUUAGAGUAGACGACAAAGAAGAUGAUCAUGUUGAGUAUGUUGAUUCGCAUUAUAAUGAAAAUAAGCAUAUGAUUGAACAUAAUAAGGAACAUACGGAAAAAAGUGAUAGAUGCGGAGAAAACAUUAUCCUCAAAAAUGAAGGGGAGGCAAGUCACCUUAAAAAGACAAAUAAGG